UUUUUCUUUCAGUUCGGGGCUUAUUAUUAAAGGCUCAGAUCGAGAUCAUGGCCGGCCACUUGCAGAAAGUUCGCUUAUCGGAAGGCUGAAUAUGACAAUGGCACAUGGCUGGGACAAGUCAAAGGAACAAUGGUACCGCUGUUCCAUGUUGCAGAGAUACUUGUGCGGAUCAUUACAUCUGGAGACAUUCCCGUGCUAUAAUUCAUUUUCCCCGAAGACCAUGAAGCGACAUACAGUGUCAGUAGGCAUCGGCUGUUGCAAACCCGUAUGACAUCUUUCCUCGCAAGCCACGUUCACUGCGCCAGCUCCUCACCUAACAGCUUCCCUUCCCUCCAUACAGCUCCAGCUACGCCAACAAUCAGAGUCUCCAACGAAAGACACCUCCGAGACUUAAUACCAGAGCCUGGGGCUUGAACCAUCAAGAAGUAAACUAGCUUCUACCUUGUCCUCCAACUCCACCACCAGCCAACUUGGGUGCCUCCUCAAACAACCACAAUUCUACUCUACCUCCAAGUAGCCUCAAAUAUCCUCACAUACCGCUUCUGCUUCAGCACUGAGAAACACUGAAAUGCUAAAAGCCCUUCCACAAUCAUAAACACACAAUUUCAUCAUGAGAAUACGACUUCCGUUUGCCGGAGCAUUCCUCUUCCUGGCAGCCACAGCAGCCUACGCUGGCCUCUCCUCCCUCCAAGUCAACUCUCUCAUAAAUGACAAGGUCCUCCACUUCGUCACCUUCUUCAUCCUCACCACCUGCUUCUACUGGAUCCUCGACACCUCCCGGCGCCGCACCCUCAACCUCACCCUCGUAAUCUGUACUGGCCUCCUAGGCGUCGGCUCAGAGUUUCUACAAGGCUUCCUACCCAAUGGCCGCGAAUUCGACUUCUACGAUAUAGUGGCCAAUGUGGUUGGGAGUUUGGGUGCGCUGGGCUUGAGUUCAUGGUAUCAUUUGCGCAUGUUGGAGAGGAAACGAUUGGCGAAGCAUUAUCAAGUUGUGCCUGGAGAAGAGGAUCUCGAGCUUGGUGAGGGUGUCGGCGCGCAGGAGAGUGGGGAGGUUAGAAGGGAGGGAGGGUCAACUGUGGUGCCGAGUAGGACAUUGGACGAGGAGGUGGAUAAUUGGGAUGAGAAUCUCGAGGAUGGUUGGGACGAGGAUGAACAUACUGCUGGUACGGACAGUGCGGAAGGAGAGGGAUUGAAAACGCCCAGUGCGAGUAGCGCUGGUGACGUGGAUGGCGAGGCGAAGAAGAGGGCUGAUUGA